AUGCACUCCCCCCACCCCCUCUCCCUCCUCUCCCUCCUCUCCCUCACCGCCCUCGCCCUCACCACCGACACCCGCUCGCCCACCUCCUCGGUCCCCGGCAAGGCCUUCUCGCGCUUCGUCACCAUCUGGCUCGAAAACACCGACUACGCCAAAGCCGAGGGCGACCCCUCCCUCUCCUGGCUCGCCUCGCGCGGCAUCAAGCUCUCCAACUACUUCGCCGUCACGCACCCCUCGGAGCCCAACUACGUCGCCGCCGUCGGCGGCGACUACUUCGGCAUCAACAACGACGACGCCAACACGCUUCCGGCGAACGUGUCGUGCAUCGCCGACCUGCUCGACGACAAGGGCAUCUCGUGGGGCAGCUACCAGGAGGACAUGCCGUACUCGGGCUUCACGGGCGCCGAGUACCGCAACCCGCAGACGAAGGCGAACAUGUAUGUGCGCAAGCACAAUCCGCUGGUGAUGUUUGAGAGCGUGGCGGGCGAUCCGGAGAGGCUGGCGCUGAUCAAGAAUUUGACGUGGUUUGGGAAGGAUUUGGAGGCGGAGACGCUGCCGCAGUGGUUGUUUAUUACGCCGAAUAUGACGUCUGAUGGACAUGAUUCUUCGGUUACGGUUGCUGGGUCGUGGACCCGUGCCUUUCUGGAACCGCUACUGGACAAUGAGUACUUCAUGAAGGAUACGCUCAUUCUCGUCACCUUCGACGAGAACCACAGCUACACCACUCAAAACCGCGUACUCGGCAUCCUCCUCGGAGGCGCCGUGCCCGCAAACCUAGUCGGCACCACCGACUCAAACUACUACGACCACUACAGCGAGAUCGCAACCGUCGAGGCAAACUGGGGCCUCAGCACGCUCGGCCGCUUCGACGUCGGCGCCAACGUCUUCGCCUUUGUCGCAAACGCCACCUCCGACACCAUCCGCGCGCCGGCGAACCUGGACGGCAUCUACCUGAACGAGUCCUACCCGGGCAUCUUCAACGACAAGAAGUGGGGCCCGCAGCCGGCGCCGAACACGGAGCUGGCGCAGAACGGGAGGACGGUGCUGCAGGCCAUCAAGGACGAGUGGGCGGAUGACCAGGACCAGACGUACUAUACGGGCUCGGUCGAGGUGCCGAGUAGUGCGAACCCGCCAACGUAUGGAUAA